CUCAAGAUAUAUGGCUUUUAAGGUUUCCUUUGCCCUUGUAUUGAUCUACUUGAUCAUCGCAUCGAUCAUCUUUGCUAAAGAUGUUGCCUCCCGAGAAAUCACGGUUGUUCUUGAUCAACACGAACAAAAGAGCGUAAAGCAUGGCAGUAUUCAUACCCUGUCUAGUUUAAUAAAUCCACCGCCGCACAGCUCCCCUCAUGGUGCUCCAUAUAACCGAGGCCGUGGCCGUGUUCCAGUGCAUGGCCCCCCGUCUGGAUGCACAGUCAACAAAUGCCCUCGGCCCCCUGGAUGGGACGGGCAUCCGUAGAGCCAUGGGACAGAAAUCCUUCAUAUAUUAUAGCUUAUGUAUAAAUAUUUUCAUCAAUUAAUGUCAUUAAGGCGCGCACCAAGUGUACGGAUCUAUAUGAAAUAUAUCAUGUAGUUUUCAUGUCUCCUUUGUUAUCAAGUACCGAUGAUCAUCGAUCAAUGUUAUAUUUAUAAUAAAACUUAGUAAUUUGUAUGAUGAAUAUCCAACAAAUAUAUAUAUAUAUAUAUAUAUAUAUA